AUGGCAGCACCUGUGGAAAGAAAAAUGAAUUACGACAAAUUUAAAGUGAAGAAAAAGACAGAGGUGAAACCAGCGAGGGAGGAGAGUCCAGUCCUGCAACCUGAAGCAGGAACAUCAGGCUUUGGGGUUCCCCCAGCACCGAAGAAUGUGAAGAUCACAGAGCAGGAUAUUCUGGGCUACCUCCCCGAGACUCAUGCCCAUUACAGGCCUUGGAGGUUCAACGAGGUGGAUAAGAAGCAAGUGCAUGACCCAACAAAGAUUGGCUUCAAGUCCAAUACCCGCACACAGGUGUACUCAGGCAGAAAACACACCACUACAACAAUGAAGCCUCUCUUUGACAUCUGUAUGCAAGUUCUUAUAGAUAACAUUGACUCUAUUGACUAUGUGGGUGGUAUCCCUGCUGACAUCUUGAUGCCGGUCCUGAAGAGAUGCACUGCCACACAGCUGUACAACCUGGAGGAUUGUAACCCUCACUUCCUCGAGGACACAGAUGAACUCUGGCACCGGCACUGUGAGAGAGACUUCCGGAAGCAGGAGCCGGAGGAGAUGGAGACUUGGCGAGAGAUGUACUUGCGCCUGCUUGAUGAAAGGGAAGCCAAGUACGAGAGACUGAAGGGACGCAUGUCGAAAACUGUCAAGAACCUGGACACAACAGCCAAGAAGGUGAAGCUGGCAUAUGUGGACAGCGUGGUGGCGAAGCCGCCCCGGGAGGUCAAGCGCAUGCAGCAGAAGUAUGGGACUGCCACCAUCUCCAAGGCUCCAAACAAGGGCAACGUUGAUAUGUGCUGGUCCCGCUCUAAAACUCCUGCGGCUACUCGGCCCAUCCCCCCUCCAAAACCGAUGAGGAGAGUGGCGCCAAUGAUGCAGAAGACAAUGAAGAUGAUCAAGAAGCUGACCAGAUAGUACAACCCUCACUUAGACUGGCAGCAGAUGCACCUGGAUUCACAGUACUGUCAGAUGGCGUAUGUUCCUGACAGAUCUCCUUGUGGGAAGUCUGGACACCAGGCUGGACACCUGGUGUAAUCACAGAUCAUAUCAAUUCAUUUGACUCCUGAUUGGAAAAAUGCAGUGUUAUAAGAAUGGACACCUGAAGGAAAACUGGUGUUGACACCAGACUGGACACCUUGAUUGACACCUGAUUUGAAACUGGUAUUGACACCUAACUGGACACCUGAAGGGAAACUGGUAGAAAUACCAGACAUGACACAUUGGUGGACACCUGAUUUUAUGUCAUUAUAUUGGUACAUCAAUACCUUAUGGAUAUCGAUACCUGGCUAUACACUUUGAUGGACUACUGAUUAUAAACUGGUAUUGACACAUUCUUGACAAUGUUCAGUUUGUCAGUACCUUGCAGAAAUUGGAUACUAAUACCAAGCUGGACAUCUUGAAGGACACCUGAUUUUAAACUGGCAUUUACACAUGCUUUUACACUGUUGGGUUUGUCAGUACACCACGGAUAUGAGAUACUAAUACCGAACUGGACACCAUGACUGACACGUUUGAUCACUUAGAAUGAGAAGUGACAAAUAAUUAGGUCGAAACAUGAUUGUUCACUGAGAUUUAUGUAUAACUGCUGUAAACAAUAUCCAUUAAGAUACCAUUGGCAAUGCCUGAUGCCUGAAUUAAAUGUCGAUGGAAACACAUCAGUGAAUUUGUAGAUAUAUUUUGGCAAAAAAUCACCUUCCAACAAUUUUAUCUUUUGGAUAAGUUACCCGCUCCUCCUCCCACCACCUUAUAUAUAUAUAUCAAAUGUUUGGUCCUGAAAACAUAUCUUCAUUUUGUUACGUGACUCCAGACAGGGAUGCUAGUACCACCGUGAUUACACUGCAUUAUGGCUGUAUGUGUAUAUCAGUGGCGGUGGAAGGUCGUGUACACAAACCUGUGAAGUAUUGACUUUGGUUUUGUAUUCUCUUUGACCUUGUUCAGAGUUUCAAUACAUCUGAAAACCCACAGUAUGACCAUCAGUGACAUCUGUAGCUAGUGGUGAGAGUAGCUAGUUGGUAUUUUGAAACAACUGGUGCUCACAUUUCUCAGCCCCAUGCAGAUCAAACUCAUUCCCAGGCAAAACCCAGACCAGAUUCUACAUUCCUAUUAGCAUAGUAUCAGAGUUUAGAUUAGCCUUUUGGUAAGGGAAUUUACACAAGGUGAGACAUGCAUAAAUUUGUCAGAAUUAUGACCGUUUUGAGCAGGCAUCCUGAACAAUGUCUGUAUUUAUUAAUGUUGGAUUGGGAAGCUGUUUCCACAUAGUCUGUGUUUUGUUAUGAUGUGGUGCUAAGAUUGAGAUUGUGCUGAUUAUGAAAUUGUAUUUAUUUCAGUAACAAAAUGAAAUUAUCUUCCCGAGCGUGUCAAUGUCAAACAUAACAACAAGCAGAUGUGGUUGAUAAUAAAAAUAUUAUCAAAUUAUAAAUUUUGUCUCCUAAUUUGAUCGUACUUCUGAUAAUGAAAUAGACAUGCAGUAUUUGACCUACUCUGUGACAUGACAAGUGCUAUGAUUAUUAUGUUGUUUAUAAUAUUGUGAGUCAGAUUCUCUACUCUUUAUUUUGUUGCAUAAAAUAUACUUUCAUCUUUUUCUGAUCAAUGAUUGUAUUGCACAGAUUGUAGUGUUUUGCAUACUGUUUUAUAUUUAUUCUCUGAUUUUCUGGAGCUGAGGUGGUUUGAAUUUAUGAUUGCUGAUUACUUCAUGCUAUGUCAAUUUACUAGUGUCAGGAUGGGAACUGAUUCCAGUUUUAUGGGAAUGUAAUUUGUUCUAGAGCAUGUUCAAGAUGAAAAAUUGAAAUCAUAUUGGUUUUCUAUGACUUUGUUGUUUGCAUUCUAAAAACGAUGGUUACAGUAUGUUUAUGGUCCAGCUCAACAGUCACAGAAAUUCAGUGGUGUCAUAAAUCAAGAUAUCUAACUUACUUGAGAAAACUUGAGAAUGCUUGAAAAUAUGAAUUUUGCCUCUUUGAUAUACAGGAAGAAUUUUGAAAAAUAGAGGCAUAGCGAGGCCUUCAGUUUUUUCGUUGCUUGGUUCAUUGAUUUCAAUCAUUUGUGUUUCUUUUUUUGUAAGAAUAUAGAGGAGUGGAAUGAGAAUGAAAUGUAUUCUAUUUGCCUGGUUUGUUCUUGUGACGUUAUAUAAUGCAACAUGAAUAUCAUUCAGCCAAUUUACUAUUGUAUUGUACUAUAAAUUGUAUUGGACAAACAGCAACUGGGCAUUGAGUGUGCAACAGUGUCAGUCAAGAAGAGAAACCCUUCUAUUUGUUUUCAUUUACAAUCCCAGCCUCAGCUUUUAAAGAGAUGGCUUUGAAAUGGAAGUAUUUUUUCUCCAAAUUCAUGAGUUGAGGGUCAGCAGUUCCAUGAACCAAGUAACAAAAAAGACAAUUCCAAAAUGGAAUUGACCUGUAUCACCUAGGGAAGAUACUUCUCCAGUACAUGCUAUUAACACAACGCAGUAGCUGAAAUACCCCAGGGCUUAGUUGCACACCUUGACUCACUCCAGCUCCACUGUUACUCCCACACAUGAUUGCAGUGACCUCCCUUUCCAUGCUGUCAGUGCAGGCAAAUAAAUUAUAAAGAUAUACA